AUGGAUUCGGAAGCAGAUGCAAUCGUAAAGGAUUUCGCUAGUAUCCUGGAGGAAUUGACCUUUAAUUCAAGACCAAUUAUUACUACUUUGACAAAAAUGGCGGAAGAAAAUAUAUCAUAUGCGCAAUAUUUUGUAGACUCAUUGGAAUCAAGAAUUGAAAAAUGUGUACCAAAACAAAAACUGUAUGCCUUUUAUACUUUAGAUUCAAUUUGUAAAAAUGCUGGAAGUCCAUACACUAUAUACUUUAGCAGAAACCUAUUUCAACUUUACAAAAAAACUUAUCUUUUAGUUGAUAAUAAUGUAAGACAAAAACUAAUAAGUAUGUUUAAAACUUGGAUGGCUCCAAAUGAGUCCACGGGUUUACCAUUAUUCGAUAAAUCGGCUUUAGAUAAAAUUGAACAAUUUUUAAUUAAAGCAAGCGCAUUACAUCAAAAGAAUUUCCAAUCAAUGUUGCCAACUCCAACCGUACCUCUACUGUUAAAAGAGAUUGAUAAAUUAAAUUUAUUAACAACUGAGAGACUAAAAGAAAAACCAGAUGACGAGAAAUUAAAUAUUAAAUUAGUAGUACUAUCCCAAUUAAAACAAGAACUUCAAAAGGAAAAACUAACUACAGCAGCUUUGAAACCUGUUCAAAUGCAAUUGAUGCAAGUAUUUGCACAAGAUCAACAAUUAUUACAGGAAAGAUUAAGGCAAGAACAGUACCAAAAAGAGCAACAACAAUUACAAAAAAAGCAAAACCAAUUCAAUCCUUUAGGAGACAUCGACCAACAACAGCAGCGACAACAAGGAUCUAGCCAUAAUCCAUUGUUUGGUAACUCAUUGGGCUUAAAACCACCUGGCGCAUCUGCAUUAUUUCCUACUUCUACAUUAUUAACAGGACAAGAUUUCUCAGAAUUUGAAAAAGCAAGUAAACUUUCAAAACUGCAUAAGCUUUAUGAAUCUUUGGAAUCAGAAGGGUUGGUUUAUAAACCUCCAAAAGAUUCCGUAGUAAAUUUGUUUUCUACUUUUAAUAAAGGGCAUUCUGGUGCGUCAGAAAUAGAUGCAGACUCUAAGAAAGCACCGCUGCCUUCUGUAACAGAACUUCACAACAUUUUAUCAGACUGUAAAGCUUACUUUGCAACAGUUAACAUAGAUAUAUUGAACACUCCAUCUUUACAAAUCUCUCAAAAAACAAUUGUUGGUAAUAAUGAGAUUGUUCAUAAUAAUUUAAUUAACACUCUUUAUCGUUCAAAACCUAAAAAGUGCAAUGUAUGUGGUAAACGAUUUGGUAACUCCCUCGAGGAACGUAGAUUACAAAGUGACCAUCUAGACUGGCAUUUCAGAAUAAACAAAAGGAUAAAAGGUUCAGAAAAUACUUUGACUGGUUCAGGUAAUGCUGGAGGAAUAUCGAGUACAAGCCAAAAAAAUAUUCAAUCGAGAAACUGGUAUUUGCAUGAUUCACAGUGGGUAAUCUUCAAGGAUGAUGAGAUUGUAUCGACAUCUAAUACUUUAGAUAAUACGGCAAAGGUAACGACUGCAAACGUAGAAAAUUCCACAAGAGCCAUAUCAAGCGGUUCUAUGUAUGAUGCAGCUAAAGAAACUUCACCAAAUACAUCUGAAAGAGCCAUAUUGAUAGAUGAAAACUUAUUACGUAAAAAAUAUGUGGUUGUUCCUGAGUCUUCAGAAGAUAUGUCAUUUCAAUGUCCUAUUUGUAAGGAAACAGUGUCUGCUUUGUACGACGAAGAUUUAGGUGAAUGGACAUGGAAAGGAAGUAUGGAAUAUAACGGAAAGUAUUUCCACGCUAUAUGUUAUUAUGAAGCUGCAAAGAAUAAUAAUAAUUCUAUAGGUUUGGAGUUGGAUCUUGAGAAAUUGAAAAACUUAAUUUCAGAGUAA